UCAAAUCUCUCCGUCGUUCUUUUCUUCUACGAUUCUCCGGAAGCUUCUUCUCCAGCCAAAUUGACCGGCGAUGGACCUCGGCCGUUUGGACUUGGGUUGCAUAAAGGUCUCCGACAAGCACGGCGCCGCUUCUCAGCCCAGCCCUCAGUCGCUCACGGCCACCUCCAAGAUCGGAAAGAACAAGAGUCCUAAAGAGACAGCUGUGUCAACAUUGAAUUCUCUUAACAAAUUCACAUCACAGAUUAAAAAGCCUGCUCACCGCAAAACUUCUCCACUCAAUUGGUUUCCACGAAAGAAAGGAGAAUCAUACUUGUUGAGGAAAAUUAAAAUGCUACAGGAAGCAGAUGGCAUGAAUGUUACUCUUGAUGAGACUCUAGGUGAUUCUAAUCCACAUUACUCAAAGGUUCUGAGUGAAAAAAUGGCAGCCAGAGAAGCUGCACAAAAGGCAAUGCAGGCACGGAAAGCUGCAUUGGUGGAAGCAUCAUGGUGUCGAAUACUUCUGGCAGCCAGGAUUCAUAGCAAAGAAGCAGAAGCUGAAUGGUUGAAAGCGGACAAAGCUGCAGCGGAAGCUUUUGAGGUGGCAUCAUCCAUGGGAGUGAUCAUGUAUGAUAUACCAAACUGCACUCGCAAGCCUUCUGUAGAAACAUCCACAGUAAAUGGAGGAAGUUCUACUACCCACACUGUCACAGCAUCUUUUGAGACUGCAUUCGACGUGGACAAAGAAGUUGCUGCUGCUGUGAAGGUUGCGUUGGUUAGGCUUGGAAAUAGCCCUUCUUUCAAUAAAGAUGAGUUUAAAGAACUGCUUCGAAAAAUUAGUGAGAACCCCGAUACAGUUGGAAGUAAUCAGGAAUUAUCUGAGUUCAGCUCAGAGUGUGAAUCAGAAGCUGGAUCAGAACUUGAAGCAGUGACCAAGAAAGAUAAUGUCAGUUCCCAAGAUUUGGAAUGUAAGAUGCAAGGUCUGGAGUUAAGACAAAAGAAAAAUAGAAGACAGUCUUUUGGAAAGCUUAGUAUGGAAAAUAUAGUGGUCAUGAUUCUUCAGAGGCUUCAAUGCUUGAAAGAAGAGGAACUCUCUUCUCUUGCCACUAUAGUUGCUACUUGUGGUUUAAAUGCCGCCUUGGCAGAAAAUAGCAAGCUGCUUGGUCCAGGAUCUGCUGCUGAGACAUUUCCACGAAGAAUGUCUUCUUUAGGAGGAGGGAAGCCUGAAUACUUCUCAGAUGGACAGAACAGAAGGAAGGAAAUUAAAUCAGAACUCCCAAGUCUAGACAAGUUUCUGGUUAAGCACAUGACUAAGCUUGAAAAAGAAGUGCAAGAAGUCAAGAACAGAAGGAAUGAGUCUAAGAAAGGAACUGUGAGCAAUUCUGAUAGAAUCAUCAAUGAUAAAGCCAGUUCAGAUAAAUCCACCUUGGGGACUGUUCCAGACUUGGGAAGUAUCAUGUUGAAGCAUGGUUCAAAAUUUGAGAAGGAGAUUGAAGAGGCAAAGGAAAAUUCAAGAGGAGACUAUGAAACAAUUCAGAAGAACUCAAACAGAAACAAAACAUCAUCUGAUGUGGUUCCUAGCUUGGAGUGUAUGCUGAUUAAACAUUUUUCAAAACUUGAAAAGGAAGUUGAUGAAGCCAAGAAAACCUUUGCAAGAACAGCUGCUAUUUGUCAUAUGAAAGUGGGAGGAGAAAAUUCCACAGAACUCCCCAGCCUUGACAAGGUCCUGGUGAAACAUGUUUCAAGACUUGAGAAGGAGGUCCAGGAGGCAAAGAACAGAAGGGAAAACAAUACUCGAGGUGUCAGUGUUGGUUCACAUGCUACAGAUGUCAAUCCCUGUUCUAGUGAAGGACCAGAGGAGAAAGAAAAUAUUGACCUCAAUAAGAAUGCUGCAGUUAAGAAUGAUGGUGCACCGGAAACAAAUAAGAAGGCUGGAACCAAAGGGGCUGAAGUUAAUCUCGAGAUGAUGCUUAAGCCAGUGCACAGGUUAGAAAGAGAGAAAAUGCAAGCCUUGGCAAAGGGAAACAAUUCUGAGUAUCAUACAAUUGACAAGAAAAAGGUCGGAAACAGCUUUACGGAAUGUGAGAGCUUGGAUAAAGUUUUGGUAAAACAUGUAUCCAGGUUGGAGAAGGAGAAGAUGAAGAUGAAGCUUGGUGCAGAAGAACCUCUUGAAUUGAAGAGAAGCAAAGCAAAACUGCAUUCACUUGAUGAUGAAGCAGGUGGCUUGGACCAAGUUUUGGUUAAACAUAAAUCAAGACUUGAGAGAGAAAAGGUGGCUGCUGCUCAGAAACCAGAAGACCAGACUAGAUUCUCUGUGACUCGAAAACAAGCAAGGGAGAGAGAACUACAAGAACAAUGGGGAGGUCUAGGCUUAGGAAACGCCAUGAAGCCACACCAGUCGAAACUUGAACUGGAUAAGGCCGCUUGGAUUAAAGCUGAGCAAGAGGAAAAGAGGCAAGCUGUGGGAUUCUGAGGCUGAAGGUGGGAAAUAUGAAGCAGUCACGGCCCAAACUGUAAAGAAUAUGUUUCUGAAGUUGAUUUGUUACAGGAGAAUAUUUUGUGUAUAGAAGCAAGCAAUCACAGCAAUGCUUGGAUUGAAUUCCUGAACUUGAAGUCAUCAUAGUCAUCACUCAUCGAGGCCAGAUUAUAUACCCAACCAUCAUGAACGCAUUAAAAUGCAGAUAUCAUAUAGCCUUGGAAGCUUCCAGUGAAUUCAACUCUUAUCACUUCCACCAUUGGUCAUCUCAGCUAUCACCUCCUCAUCAAUUUUUUAUGAUCUCUUGGAUUCACAAAUUCAUCCACCCCAAACUUCUUGACUUCCUCAAAUCGGUUGGAGUCAAGAUCAACUCUGAUCCUUCAAAACCCUGAAACCCUUGCACCUUCGGUUCUGCAACAUUUACAGUGGCAUCAAAACCUUUUACAAUUCCGCAACUAAGAACAUAAACUUAGUCAAGAGGUGCCGCAUGGUUGAUCUUCGCAGUGGAACACUUAUAUUGCUCAAACACAACAA